AGGGUGGAACGUGGAAAGAGGGCGAGAAGGGCAAGGGCAGCUGAAGGGAAUAUCCAUAAACGAGAAGGGAGAGGAUAUCCACCUACUCCCUGCCGACCGUAGAGACCAAAAAGGCAAAACCCACAGCUCAGAGAGAGAGAGAGAGAGAGAGAGAGAGAGAGAGGGUUUUGGGCAAAAAGGGAAUCAGAUUCGUUGUCUGGUUGAUCUUUCGGGGUUCUCCGCAGCUCAAUUGCUUCUUCUUUUUUUGUCUUCGGAUUUGUGGAGUCUGUGUCAGCGAUGGCGAAUUGUCACGGUGCUGUGCCCGACCGCGAACUGCCCUUGCCUUCUGCUCAACCUGGAAAGCUCAUUAUCGAUACGGAUCCUGGAAUCGAUGACGCUAUGGCCAUUUUAAUGGCAUUUCAAACUCCGCAGUUGGAACUCUUGGGCUUGACAACGAUAUUUGGUAAUGUUACUACAGAAGAUGCCACUCGCAAUGCCUUGCUUUUGUGUGAGAUCGCUGGAUGUCCGAGUGUUCCUGUGGCAGAGGGCAGUCCUGAGCCUUUGAAGGGGGGACGGCCGCAGGUUGCUGAUUUUAUUCAUGGUUCUGAUGGAUUAGGGAACAUAUUUCUUCCUCCUCCAAAAGCAAAGAAAAUUGAGAAGAGUGCAUCUGAAUUUUUAGUUGAUAAGGUUUCGGAGUACCCAGGUGAAGUAUCUAUACUUGCACUGGGACCACUGACAAACCUGGCUUUGGCAAUCAAAAGGGACUCAACCUUUGCCAGCAAGGUGAAGAAAGUGGUCGUACUUGGCGGUGCUUUCUUUGCGUUGGGAAAUGUCAAUCCUGCUGCUGAAGCAAAUAUCUAUGGUGAUGCGGAAGCUGCAGAUAUUGUAUUUACAUCUGGGGCAAAUAUUGUUGUUGUUGGCAUAAAUAUCACAACACAAGUCAAGCUAACAGAUGAUGAUCUCUAUGAAAUAAGACAAUCAAGAGGAAGAUACGCUCAGUUCCUGACUGACAUUUGCAAGUUCUACAGAGACUGGCAUGUGCAGUCAGAUGGUGUCUGUGGGAUUUUUCUUCAUGACCCUGUAAGUUUUGUGGCACUAGUUCGGCCUGAUCUCUUUGAUUACAAGAAGGGGGUAGUGAGAGUUGAGACACAGGGCAUCUGUUUGGGGCAUACACUAUUGGAUCAAGGACUGAAAAGAUGGAAUUCAAGCAACCCAUGGACAGACUAUUCCCCAGUUUCAGUUGCUUGGAGUGUCAAUGUGGAUGAAGUACUCGACUAUGUUAAGAAACUGCUAAUGAAACCAUGAAAGCUACAUGAACUUGUGCUUUAAAUCUCAGAAGGUCUGACAUGAUGAAAAUAAAGGUUGCGCCAUCUCUUUCUUCACGUAUUCUUGUUUUCCUCUUUUGCUGGUCACAGCCCUGCCAGAGUAAUUAGUGUGAACUUGUGCUACAACAAAUGAUAUUAUUGAUCUCGCGGAUGUUAAAUCAUCUUGCAAUUUAUUCAAAGGUGUAAAACAUUACCUCACUGAGAUUCAACUGGUUCAAAAUUUGCUGAAUAUAUGGCUCAGCAAAUGGGGACUUUUUAAUGCAUUGUAUUGGAUCUCUGUAUGUAUUGGUUUUUACACGACCACGUCUUAGGUGAAGAUCUUUGCUUAUGGUAA